UUCUUGUCUAGAGCGCUCUCUCUCUCUCUCUCUAUCUAUCUAUCGAGCGCACACAGGACUCAAAGAUCGCCAUCUUCAUAUAAUCGAUCUCAUCCAGGGCUCUCUUAAUCUGAUUGUUGCCAGUCCAGCAACCAGACAUGGCUUUCUUAGCCUUUUUGAUGCUUCUCUUGGCCAUGGCCGGCUGUUCAAGCGCAACAUACUGUAUCUGCAAGGACGGGGUGGGCGAUUCAGCUUUGCAAAAGACCCUGGACUAUGCUUGUGGAGCCGGUGCUGAUUGCAGUCCAAUCCUCCAAAACGGGGCUUGUUACAACCCGAACACUGUCAAGGAUCAUUGCAACUAUGCUGUGAACAGCUACUUCCAGAAGAAAGGCGAAGUCACCGGUAGCUGUGACUUCUCUGGGACUGCCACCACUUCAGCCUCUGUUCCCAAUCAAGCUUCUGGGUGUGUGUAUCCUGCAAGUGCCAGUUCCGCGAGCACCACACCAACCGGCACUCCUACAACAGCCACCACGCCGACAGGCAGCAAUUCAACAGGCACCACGCCGACAACCUCCACCACGCCGACCACCACUACCACCACCCCGAGCUCCACCCCAGUGUUCAACAGCGGACUGGGUCCUACUGGCAUCACUGAUAGCAAUGAUGCUGCCAUGUCCAUCCAAAGAGCAAGCACGGUCCUUGCUCUCACCACCACCUUCUGGUUUUCACUCUCGUUGGCGUUGUGGGCCUGAAGGACCACAGAAGAUUGGGGGGGAAAAAAAAGAGAAAGAGAGAGAGAGGAGGGAGGGGAGGUACAGCCUUUGGGGUUUGAUCUGUGGAGGAGAUUCGCCAGGAAUGCCAUGGGAUCGGCAUUAUCUUUUUGGUAUUUGGGGAAUCAUAUCAUCAAGGGCCAGACCCCACUAGGGUUUUCUUGUCGUCUUCCUCCCUGUGUGAUUAAAAAAAAAAGGGGGGGGUGUUGGGAAUUUGAUUCCUGUUUUUCUUACGAGUGGUGACACGACCACCAGUGGGGCAGAAGAGGGCUGAUCUUUUUCCUUUUCAGUUCGAGAUUUAUUAUUGCUGUAUAUUUAGGGAGUAGUAAGUAUUUUUUGUUACUUAAUAAUGUGUAACUGGUGGUGGCACUACUGCCGUGCUCUUUUUCUUAUGUCUUGAUAAGUUCCUUGCCGUUUA